AUGAUGGUACACAUACCGGGCAACUUUAAACAGCUCUCUAUUGUUAUCGAAGAAUCAAUGCAAAAGACAGACGUCGCACUUCAAUACAGUACAUUGCGAUCUCAUGAAUGCCCUAAUCAUAUACCAUCAAAGUCCGAGGAGCUUGCAAACAAUCUUGGAUUUCCUUACAAAGCUUUCACAACAAAACUCCAAUUGGAUACUGCUGUCAACAAUGAAGACAAAGAGCUACUAAGAAAUAAGAUCAUAAUCACUUCAAAUUAUUUCCGUAAUAUCAUAUACAGGGCAAUGAUGUUCAUAAACAGCUACUGCUUGGCAUCGUCUCGUAUUUCAAUACCUAACUCCAUUUACAAACAGACGUUUUUGUACUCGGUGUGCCAACUUGUCAAUGACAGAAAAAUAACAAAGAACGUCAAUGUACUACCAGAUCUUGUACAAUCCUGA